AUGGAGGAUAGUUUAGAACUCCCUCAGAAACGCGAACGUCUCCAACCAAAGAAGGCAGAUUUCCGAAUGAGAGCUCAUUGCAAUCCUCUAAGCGAUUCAAACUGGCCCUUGUAAUUUUGAAGCAGCCCUAUCUCUCCAAGCCACAUUGACUGAAGUUUAUUUUUCGAGCAAAAUGACCAUAUCUACUGCAACAGUAAAACUUAUUCAGCAAUUGAGCAUCCCCUCUAUUUCUCCACAAUUAAACUUCCCCCUCCUUCUCAGCCUGUAGAAAUUGCCGAUGUUGGCUGUGGAUAUGGAGGACUGCUUUUUGCAUUAAGUAAAAUAAUGCCACGUACCCGCAUGCUUGGUAUGGAAAUCCGCAACAAAGUAACAAACUACGUUGCGCAAAAAAUUUGAGCAUCCAGAAUAGAGACCAACGAAGUAAACUUUAAAUAGUUUUGAAACAUCGGCGUUCUUCGUGCAAAUGCAAUGAAACAAAUUACAAAUUAUUUCCCUAAAUCUUCUUUGACAAAGUUAUUCUUCUGCUUCCCAGACCCUCACUUCAAAAAAUCAGUGCAUCGACGAAGAAUUGUACACAGGAAUUUAUUAUCUGAGUACGCAUAUGUCCUUAAGUCUGGAGGGAAAAUAUACGCUAUCACCGACGUAUUGCAGCUUCACGAGUGGCACUUAGACUAGCAUACAUUAAAAUGGCGUGGUGAAUUGGCCCGACCUUUCUGUAGCAGUCAAUAAUAGGGAGGACUAUGUGUACGUCUAGUAAGUAUAUCCUAUAUGCUUUACAAACUCAGGUGGAGCGGCAGUGCUGAGCUGAUUAGCCAAAGUUAAAACUAAUCACAAGGUUUUUUGCAUGAGAAAUGGAGAAAUGUUUUCACAUUUUUUAUUUACAGGCGCAUUCCGCGCCAAAAAAGGGAAGCAAACUGUUGAAGGAAAGGGUGUCGAAAAGCGUUAAGGAGCAAGAGACUGCAGGGUUGAAGUCUCAGGUUUAAUGGCUGAGUUCGUUUUAGGAAUGAGCGACUCAGUGAUGCAUUGAAGCCAUGGGAUUUUUCACGUGGGCAAUUAACGGAGUGAUUAAGUUGCUACUAAGCUUAAUGUUGGAGUAGAAGCUGAAUUUAUUGCUGUUGAAGUUUUUGCUAUUGGUGUUGUUGAAAUGGUUGCUGAAAUAAAUUUUUGUGAAGAAAUACUUUUGAAAUUUUAUGUUAUAAAAAAUGAGAGAAAUGCUUAUAUCUAUCAGUGGUAAAGUCUAAAUAAUAGUCAUAGAAAAGAUUCUCCGAGCAGUGGUAAAAAGCGCUUUCUAAGCCUUCAGAACUAUACAGCUCAAUAUCAAGGGUUGCGUUCUUGGCCUCGAGCUCCCAUUUAGCAAAUAGCUUACCAAAAUUCGACCUUCUGAAUUGAGACCACCUAUGCGUGCGCUUGGCAAGAUGAUUUAAAUAUCUUACUUCAGGUAAGCAAGUGCAGGCACUCAUCUAAAGGAGUAGCACAGUGAAUGAGGGCUUUCGGUGCCUAGCAUUGAGUUUUCAAUAAUCUUAAAUGAUCAUAACAGCAUUUAGAUCAGUUUAAGCAGCAUCCUUUAUACAAAGAAGUCCCUCAAGAAGAAAUAGAAGCAGAUCCAUGUGUCACUGCUAUGAUAAAUGAAACGGAAGAAGGGAAAAAGGUAGAGAGAAAUAAAGGCAAAAAAUAUUAUUGCGUUUAUCAGAGGAUAUAG